AUGGACCUGCUGUACUUCGUCUGUUUCCCUGUUCCUAUUGAUUCCCCUUCUAGUUCGAGAUUGAUUGACUCAUACUAUAGUUCACUCGAAAGUUUUUGGUUCACAAUAACUGAGCCUCUGUCUGCACGGAUGGGCACCGUUGAUCAGUCAGUUUCGGCUGACAAUAUCGAGUCCAUUCAGCCCUCUCGCAUAUCACACUGGCGGCUGAUCUAUGAUCAAGGGGCGCUCACACAGGAGAUCAUUGAUUAUCCCUUUGCCGGAUCAGGCACAGAGGAAGACCCGUACCUUGUCACAUGGAUUCCCAAUGAUCCUCGAAACCCUCUAGAAUUUCGAAUGUCCAUGCGAUGGCUCUACACAAUAGUCAUGGCAUGGGCCACGUUGGCCGUCUCUUUGGUUUCCUCGGCGUAUACCGGUGGUAUCGAACAGAUCAUGGAAGAUUUCCAUGUCGGUUCAGAGGUGGCAACCCUGGGCGUGUCCCUCUUCGUGCUGGGGUUUGCGAUCGGCCCCUUGUUCUUUGCGCCAAUGAGUGAGCUCUGGGGGCGACAGCAUCUCUUCAUCAUCAGCUACUGUGGCCUGACCAUCUUCAACGCCGCUGGCGCCGGCGCGAAAAACAUCGAGUCGCUUAUCAUCUUCCGGUUCCUCGCUGGCGCUUUUGGAUCCUCCCCAUUGACCAACGCAGGCGGUGUCAUUGCAGAUUUGUUCCCUGCAAGCCACCGCGGCCUGGCAAUGAGUAUCUUCGCAGCGGCUCCGUUCUUGGGGCCCGUUUUAGGGCCAGUGAUUGGCGGCUUUUUGGGCUUGGGUGCGGGAUGGCAGUGGGUGAUGGGGUUUCUGGCCAUCUUCUCCGGUGCACUCUGGAUCAUCGCCGGCCUGAUCGUCCCAGAGACGUAUGCACCUGUCCUCCUCCGCCGGAGGGCCGCCAGGCUGUCCGAGCUCACGGGACAAGUUUAUAAGAGUAAGACUGAGGCUGAACAGGGAAAGAGGAACUUCAGCGACGCUCUCAAGACAUCGCUCUCUCGCCCGUGGAUCUUACUUUUCCAAGAACCGAUUGUACUUUUGCUGUCGAUCUAUAUGGCAAUCAUCUAUGGAACGCUGUAUAUGUUGUUCGGCGCGUUCCCCAUCGUGUAUGCUGGCCAGCGCGGCUGGAAUCAAGGCGUGUCGGGGUUGGCGUUCUUGGGGAUCAUGAUUGGGAUGAUGAUCGCCGUCACCUACAGCAUCAUCGAUAACAAGCGAUACAUCAGAGUCCAGGAGGAGCAUAAUGGGUUUGCACCCCCAGAGGCACGGUUACCGCCCUGCCUGGUUGCUUCGAUAGCUAUUCCCAUGGGACUCUUCUGGUUCGCGUGGACGAACUAUCCCUCGAUCCACUUCCUGGCCAGUAUCUCCGCUGGGAUACCGUUUGGCUUCGGCAUGGUUCUUGUUUUCCUCAGUCUGAUGAAUUAUAUGAUCGACACCUAUACCAUCUUUGCCGCCUCUGUCCUUGCUGCAAACUCUAUCUUGCGGUCAGUCUUUGGUGCGGCCUUUCCCUUAUUCGUGAAGUACAUGUAUAGUUCCUUAGGUAUUCAUUGGGCUUCCUCCGUCCCCGCCUUUUUGGCAUUGGCAUGCGUCCCGUUCCCGUUCCUUUUCUAUAAGUACGGCCAUGCAGUUCGGACCAAAUGCAAAUAUUCUGCGCAAUCGGAUGAGUUCAUGCGGAAAUUGAUGGCACAGACCGUCAAGGAUCCCCUGGAGGAGAAAGAGAAAACUUCGGGGGAGACGGCCCCCCCAAGUCAACCGACUUCAGACUCGACAAGUGCAGAUUCACAUAUCGGCAGACUUUCGUUCGAAUCGGUCAAAGGCAGCCGAAGACACUCCAUCAUUUCAGCCAGGUCUGCCCGGUCCCAUCACUCUCAGAUGGUGACUUCACAGACUGUGUAUGACGCGAAUCCUUACGAUAUUGACCGUGUCAACACACGGGAAUCUUUCAAAAAAUAG